AUGGCUUCUGGUUUCGGUCUUAACGGCGGUCCCUCCCGCUGCUAUUCCUUCUGGCAGGAAACCCUCGGCUGCUACGUUGUCAAUGCCGGGGAGGGUGAGGCCGGCAAGAAGAAGUGCAUGCCCGCCUUGGAGGAUUACUACGAAUGUCUUCACCACAGAAAAGAGGCUCUGCGAACAAUGAAGCUGCAGGCCGCCUACCGCAAGGCCGAAGCAGCACACCCCCGUGAGAAUGCGCCCAAGGCCGAGCAGAUUCGCAGUCUGGGAUUGUUAGGGAAGGAUGAAGAAUCGACAGCUCUGUUGGCCAAGCAAUAAGAAGUGAUGCGCAUAUCCGGAGUGCGGUUGUUUUACUUUUCCUUUUCAUAUCAAUGUACGCUCUUACCACAUGGAUGUUUUGAUUGUAUAAAUGGCAAUCGUUAUCAGUUCAAGAAUGCCCUGGCUGUUAUGUAGUGUAGUUUGAAAACUGGAGUAUUUGUCAUUCAUCAUUCGUUGACUUGCCUUCUCAUGUUCGGCUUCGCAGUUGCCUUGCCAGUGCAUUCAUUAUCUUACAAGCUUUGGUGAAGUGACUAUUGUAUUUAUUCCUGCUUUUUCUUUUGAAAACAUUCUAUUAGACUUGCUUCUCUGGUCUAGAACCAAGGCUCCAC